AUGCUCAACGGCGAUACGACCUUUAACCUGACAUACAACAAAGUGGCCAUUCCCAAGGAACUCAUGGUUGCGAAAACUGCCAAAGAGCUCUUUGCCUUUUUGGCCAAGCAGAUUGAGCUGUUCCUCCGAGAACACCACGCUGAGCACUUUGAGAGUCAUGUGCGUCGCAGAGCUACCGCUAGUACCCCAAUGGGUUACCGCGACGAGCAGAUUUUUCGCCUUGGAUUUACUUUUAGCUUUCCCGUGAAGCAAUUGGGCAUCAACAAGGGUUACCUGAUUCGCUGGACCAAGGGUUUUGACAUCCCCGAUGCCGUUGGCAAGGAUGUUUGCCGCUUGUUGCAGGACGAGAUUGAUAACCGGAGCCUCCCGGUCAAGGUUGCGGCUCUUGUCAACGAUACAGUCGGCACCCUGAUGGCAAGAUCCUACACGUCUACUGGUAAGCACCGCUCUUUAUUGGGUGGCAUCUUCGGAACUGGUACAAAUGGAGCCUAUAUCGAAAAGACGGCCAAUAUCAAGAAGCCAAUUGAAGGUGAAUAUGACAAGUCGACUGGUGAAAUGGUCAUCAAUACUGAGUGGGGUUCAUUCGAUAACCAGCUCAAUGUCUUGCCUUCUACUCCAUGGGACAAGGCACUGGAUGCAGAAAGCGUAAAUCCUGGUAUCCAGAUGUUUGAGAAGCGUGUUUCAGGAAUGUUCUUGGGAGAAAUCGUACGAUUGACCGUUUUGGACAUGAUCAAGGAUGACGACAUUAGCCUUUUCCGAGACGCAAACUCUAGCUUCAACGACAGAUCCACCACCACAAGCAUUGGGCCGAAGUCAUGUAUCUUUGAGGCAUGGGGACUUGACAGCGCCAUCAUGUCCGUCGCCGCUGCUGACAACACCCCCGAGCUCUCUUCGAUACGACUAGAACUGGAAAAGUGCCUGGACAUUUACGCUCCGUCAUUGGAAGACGCCCAGGCGUUCAAAGCUAUCUCCGAUGCCGUCGCUCGCCGAGCAGCCAGAUUGGCGGCAGUGGCCAUUGGCGCCAUCGCGCUACAGUCAGGCAAGCUCGAUGAUCCUGAGGAGGAGGUGCUCGAUAUUGGUGUCGAUGGCAGCUUGGUUGAGCAUUAUCCCUUUUUCCGGGACAUGAUCUACGAGGCUCUUGCCGCCAUCGAUGGCAUUGGAGCCGAGAAGGUUGCAAAGAUUCGAAUUGGUAUUGCCAAGGAUGGAAGUGGAGUUGGAGCAGCUUUGAUUGCAUUGAUUGCCGCUCGUGCGGAGAAGCCUGGCGAUUUCCUUGCUGAUCUGCGCUCAGAUAUUAGGAGACGCCUCGAGAAGGUUCCUUCUAAUGUGUCGACAUCGGUCGAGGAUCCCGUACAGUCAUUGACGCCACUGCUGGUAGUGGGUGCUCUUGUUGCAGUGGCCGCAAUUGCGGGCAUCUGGUGGAGUAGGCGCAAGUGA